UUUAAUUUUUAUAUCUCUAGGUUCCAGCCUUUUCCACAGUCCCAUAGGCUCCGCCCCAUCAAUUUUCACUUCCGGGUUUCCAUGGCGUACCAAGCGGAAAUGACGUCAAAUCUCGCCACAACAACAAUAAUCGCAUUGUCAUAAACCUUGGCCAUCUAAGGUUUUUUUUAAAAAAACUUCCACGCUAGAAGGAAAAACCAUAAGGAAACACUUUAAAUAACUUGAGCUUCGGAAAAUGGAACCGUCAACAAAUCUAGACGUUGGUACCCAGUUAAUCGUGGAAGACUGUGCUGGCAGCUAUAGCCUGUCUCAUAUGCCAGACAUCAAAGUGGAGCAUCACCUCGAUCCCGGCGUUGAAGAAGGACAAGCUCAGAGUGUUGCCAUGGGAAUGAAGUUCAUUUUGCCCAAUAGAUUUGAUAUGAAUGUGUGUUCUCGGUUUGUCAAGUCUUUGAACGAAGAAGACAGCAAAAACAUUCAGGAUCAAGUGAACUCGGACCUAGAAGUGGCAUCUGUAUUAUUUAAAGCUGAGUGCAAUAUCCAUACUUCUCCUUCUCCUGGGAUUCAAGUUAGACAUGUCUACACUCCAUCAACGACCAAACAUUUUUCACCAAUAAAACAGUCAACCACUUUAACUAACAAGCACAGAGGAAAUGAAGUUUCCACAACACCUUUGCUUGUCAACUCUCUAUCUGUUCAUCAGCUGGCUGCUCAGGGAGAAAUGUUAUACUUAGCCACACGCAUAGAGCAAGAAAAUGUCAUCAACCAUACUGAUGAAGAAGGCUUUACUCCUCUGAUGUGGGCUGCAGCUCAUGGACAAAUAGCAGUGGUAGAAUUUUUACUGCAAAAUGGUGCAGAUCCACAGAUUCUGGGGAAGGGGCGUGAGAGCGCCUUGUCAUUGGCUUGUAGUAAAGGAUACACAGAUAUCGUCAAGAUGCUGCUUGAUUGUGGAGUUGAUGUGAAUGAAUACGACUGGAAUGGUGGCACACCUUUGCUCUAUGCUGUACAUGGAAACCAUGUGAAAUGUGUCAAAAUACUCUUAGAGCAUGGUGCUGAUCCAACCAUAGAGACAGAUUCUGGAUAUAACUCCAUGGAUCUAGCUGUUGCCCUUGGCCAUCGUAGUGUUCAACAGGUUAUUGAAUCACAUUUACUAACACUCCUUCAAAACAUCAAAGAAUAGUAUUGUACUUAUGGGAUGACUUCAUAUAUGAAGAUUUCAACUUGUUUUAGCACUGAUUAGUAUCAUAAAGACUUUAUUUAUUUUUUAAUUGGUACCUUAGUCUGACCAUUGAUGGGAAGUUCUUCUUAUGAAGAGUGCAAACCAUAUUUAUGAGUAAUGUGGGAAUUUUAGUUGGUUACUUAAAUGUGAGAUUUUGACACUUUCAUGCUGCACUGCAUGUUUAUCAGCUGUUGGCUCUAACAGAGCAGUUAGCAAUGCCAGGGCUCUGCUGUAGACUGUGUCGCCUGGCUGUUGGUCUACAGAAGUCUUUUUCCACAAUGUUUGCCUAACAUGCCUGAACUGUCAAAAAUGGCUUGGUCAGCACAACUGAGACACUCUAACCAGUUUUGCCAAGGAUGCCAAAUAUCAAAUGGUUUGGGAGUUGGGUUGGCUGAGUCUGCCUUCUCUUAUUGGCAAGAUUUUAACAGUUUCAUUUCAGAUUAUCUGAUUGACAUUCAGUCAUCUGUAAAGCCACAUUUAUUCUACUUGUAAAAAUGUCAUGUUGCACAAUAGCUAAGAAAGGAAUGAUGGAGUACUUCAGUAUGUAGAAUGUCAUAUUUCAUUCUGUCUAUGUAUUAUGUACUUUUAUACAUUUUCUAGUGAACUGCAAUAUAAAACUUAAAAAUGUAUUAAAAGCAUACAACCCAG